CACUUGUCUGCGCGGGCAGUGCGCCGACCGCACGCCCUUCUAAUAGCGCGAAUGUGUCAUCUUUACAAACGAACAAGAUUUCGCAUUUAAAAGUGUUCCACUAAUUUUAAGUUUUAUUUAUAUUUAGUGAAAUAAAAGACAAUUAUUUUAUCAAAAUGUGCUCGAAAAGUAUAUCUUUCUAUAUUUAUGUGGCAUUAUUAGCAAGCAGUUUAGCAAGCGAUUGCGGUCCGACGUUAAAAUACGCGUGGGGAGAUGCGCUGCUUGCGUCAGACUGUCCGGGUCCUGAUGGUUCACCAUAUCCAAGACACCUGGUAAAUAGAGCACUGAAGUCAGGUCCAUGGGGCCAGUCUAACCGGCAGGGGCGAGGUCUGCGCACAUUAGACCCUGCUAUCAUGAGGCGGGCGUUACUCGAAGCACACGCCGGCUACGGUGAAGCAUCCAAUGUUCAAGUACAAAACGGGAAUAGAACAGCUCGAGCCAGUAACAUCCCCUCUGGUUUAUCACCGGCCAACCCGCACAAUUGCGGCAGCGCUCGCCUGUGUCGUACACGGUAUAACACCACUGCGCCCAUGUACGGCGUCUCCCUUACCUCGGGACAGCCCGUCACCAUCGUGCAGAAGUUCCCUGAUCUACUACAACAAGUCGUCUUCGAAGUGUGCGAAACGAGUGAAUGCUCCGUCCUCCGUGGUACCUGCACACAAACAUACGUACCCUAUUUAUUCUUAGUAUUACCACUCGGUCCAGUUACUCUCACCGGUCAGGACUACGUAUUAGUCGAGUCUGGCUGCGUCUGCAAACCAGAUCCCAUGGUGUAGAUAUAGGUUAUAAUUCGUGGAGUGAUGUUUGUCGUAAAAAGUAUUUUGUGAAUAUCCAGCGAAAAUUAUUGGUUGUGAGAUUGUGUCCAGAAAAUUAUAUGAAAUCGUUAGAUCAAUCAAUAUAGAUUUGAGUCAAACAUGAUAAUUGCAUAAACUUGAAUGUAGGAAAAAUAAAAAAGGACAAAAAUUACUUAAAAAUUUUAUAUAAGAGAUCAAUCUAAUGAUUAAAUUAACGUUAUUUAAAGAAUAUACAAAUUCAUAAAAAAAAAAUGGAGGCAUUUA